CCCUUCACUUCCGCCAUCUUGAGGGAGAGAGAGAGAGGGGAGAAAAAUUGGGAGGAGUUUUUGCUCCACUUCUGACAAUUUUCUCCUCGAUUUGUGGCCGGAUUGCAGUCGCUUCACAUUGGGCUAAGCUGUCUACUAUCAUGCAUUGGAAAUACACCAACUCCCACAACUAUCUUGACUACAAUUCCUUACAUCCUGCUUUCCUUGCUCAUGUUCAAGAGACCUCAUUCAUGCCGAGGCAUCAAGAAUUAAGGCAUUGUGAACACAGAUAGUCAGACGGCUAACCACACAGUAGGAUGCCAUCAACCAACAGAGCAGGAAGCCUAAAGGACCCAGAAAUAGCUGAACUGUUCUACAGAGACGAUCCUGAAAAGCUGUUUGUGGAUUUACGAGAAAUUGGCCAUGGCAGCUUUGGAGCAGUUUAUUUUGCACGAGAUGUUCGCACUAAUGAAGUGGUGGCUAUCAAGAAAAUGUCAUAUAGUGGCAAACAGUCUAAUGAGAAAUGGCAGGAUAUUAUCAAAGAAGUCAAAUUUCUACAGAAGUUACGACAUCCAAAUAGUAUUGAAUACAAAGGUUGCUAUCUGAGGGAACAUACCGCCUGGCUGGUCAUGGAGUAUUGCUUAGGGUCAGCUUCAGAUCUUCUGGAAGUUCAUAAGAAACCGCUUCAGGAAAUUGAGAUAGCAGCCAUUACACAUGGUGCUCUGCAAGGCUUAGCUUAUUUGCAUUCUCACAACAUGAUUCACAGGGACAUAAAGGCAGGUAAUAUCCUCCUGACAGAACCAGGCCAAGUGAAGCUAGCUGAUUUUGGAUCAGCUUCCAUAGUAUCUCCUGCCAAUUCAUUUGUGGGAACACCAUAUUGGAUGGCUCCUGAAGUUAUCCUUGCCAUGGAUGAAGGACAGUAUGAUGGCAAAGUAGAUGUUUGGUCCUUGGGAAUUACAUGCAUUGAAUUAGCGGAGCGAAAACCUCCUUUGUUUAAUAUGAAUGCAAUGAGUGCCUUAUAUCAUAUAGCACAGAAUGAGUCACCUGCUCUUCAGUCUAAUGAAUGGUCUGACUACUUUCGAAACUUUGUAGACUCAUGUCUUCAGAAAAUUCCUCAAGACAGACCCACUUCAGAGGAACUUCUCAAACAUGCUUUUGUUAUUAGAGAACGCCCUGAAACAGUGUUAAUAGAUUUAAUCCAGCGGACAAAAGAUGCUGUCAGAGAGCUCGAUAACCUCCAAUAUAGAAAGAUGAAGAAAAUCCUUUUUCAGGAAGCACAUAAUGGGCCUGCAGUUGAAGCCCAAGAGGAAGAGGAGGAACCUGAACAUAGUGUUGGUAGAACGGGCACAGUUAAUAGCGUGGGGAGUAAUCAAUCGAUACCAAGCAUGUCUAUCAGUGCUAGUAGCCAAAGCAGUAGUGUCAAUAGUCUUCCAGAUGCUUCGGAUGAUAAUAGUGAGAUUGCCAUGAUGCAGGAGGGAGAUCAUACAGUGAUGUCAAAUAGCUCUGUUAUUCAUCUAAAGCCAGAUCAUGAUCACUAUGGUGAAGAGGUUGACCACAGACGUGGAGGUUCAGAACCUCAAUCACCACCUCCAGUUUCACGCCAUAAAUCACACUACCGAAACAGAGAACAUUUUGCCACAAUACGUACAGCUUCUUUGGUUACACGGCAAAUACAAGAGCAUGAGCAAGAUUCUGAGCUUCGGGAGCAGAUGUCUGGUUAUAAACGCAUGCGACGCCAGCAUCAGAAGCAGCUAAUGGCGCUGGAAAAUAAACUCAAAGCAGAGAUGGAUGAACAUAGACUACGGCUUGACAAGGAACUAGAAACACAACGCAACAGCUUUGCUGCAGAAAUGGAAAAACUUAUUAAAAAACACCUUGGUAUAAUGGAAAAAGAGACCAAAGCAGUUUCUACUGAAGAAAAGAAAUUUCAGCAGCACAUACAGGCACAGCAGAAGAAGGAAUUAAAUAGCUUUCUUGAAUCCCAGAAGAGAGAAUACAAGCUACGUAAGGAACAACUAAAAGAGGAGUUGAAUGAAAAUCAGAGCACUCCAAAGAAGGAGAAACAAGAAUGGCUAUCAAAACAAAAGGAAAACUUCCAGCACUUCCAGGCUGAAGAAGAAGCUAAUUUACUGCGGCGCCAGCGCCAGUACCUAGAACUGGAAUGUCGACGUUUCAAACGGAGAAUGUUACUUUCACGCCAUAAUCUUGAACAGGAUUUGGUACGGGAGGAACUAAACAAGAAGCAAACACAAAAGGAUCUGGAGCAUGCUAUGUUGCUGCGCCAUCAUGAGUCCAUGCAAGAACUAGAAUUCCGCCACCUCAAUACUAUUCAGAAAAUGCGGAGUGAGCUAAUUAGACUGCAGCACCAAACUGAGCUCACCAAUCAAUUGGAGUACAAUAAACGGAGAGAGCGAGAGCUGCGGCGAAAACAUGGAAUGGAAGUCCGGCAACAACCCAAAAGUCUAAAGUCAAAAGAGCUGCAAAUCAAAAAACAAUUCCAGGACACUUGCAAGAUUCAGACAAGGCAGUAUAAGGCACUUCGCAACCAUCUGUUAGAAACUACACCCAAAAGUGAACAUAAAGCUGUGCUGAAACGAUUGAAGGAUGAACAGACACGAAAACUGGCCAUACUUGCUGAACAGUAUGAUCACAGCAUAAACGAAAUGCUGUCAACUCAGGCAUUACGUCUAGAUGAAGCUCAGGAGGCUGAAUGCCAGGUUUUAAAAAUGCAGUUGCAGCAGGAGCUUGAGCUGCUUAAUGCAUACCAGAGUAAGAUAAAAAUGCAGACUGAGGCGCAGCAUGAGCGUGAACGCAAGGAAUUGGAGCAGAGAGUCUCAUUACGUAGAGCCCUACUAGAGCAAAAGAUUGAGGAGGAGAUGUUGGCACUACAGAAUGAACGCACUGAGAGAAUACGAAGCUUACUGGAACGUCAAGCCCGAGAAAUAGAGGCUUUUGACUCUGAAAGCAUGAGACUUGGCUUUAGCAACAUGGUCCUUUCUAAUCUGUCUCCAGAGGCUUUUAGCCAUAGUUACCCUGGAGCUACCAGUUGGUCUCAUCACCCUUCUGGAGGAGCAGGGCAUCACUGGGGUCACCCCAUGGGUGGCCACCCUCCAGCCUGGGGUCACCCUAUGUCAGGUGGAUCCCAACCUUGGGGACAUCCUGCUGGCCCUGUUGUUGCUGUGCCCAGAGGAGGUGGUAUGGGGGUCCGCAACAGUCCCCAAGCUCUCAGACGAACAGCUUCCGGAGGCAGAUCGGAGCAAGGCAUGAGCAGGAGCACAAGUGUCACAUCGCAAAUUUCAAAUGGUUCACACAUGUCUUACACGUAAUUUUAAUAGGUUGGGGGAACAGUUGUAUAACUGCUGUCUUGCCUCAAUGCUCUGCAAAAACCGCCCAUUAUGCAUCAUUUUGAAAGCCUUCUAUUGGUACUGCGGUUGGGAUUAAGAGUGUGGGCAUGUUUGUCUAGCCUUUCAGGAAAAACACAUCUUUUAUGUUAAUACAGAUUUUUUGUCUUUUAUCAACACAUCAUACAUUAUCUGUUUGAUCAGCCCUUGAAAAAAAAUGUAAAGGAAGACCAAAAGAUAAUUCUUGCUGAGCCUUGUUCUCUCCAGUUGGUGGCAUUGUGGCACCAUUACAUCCCAUUUCUUGUCCUCAUUUAGCAGUAUAUUUUUCAAGGUGGUGGUAUUGGGAAUUUUCUUCAUUUUAAAAAAAAUACUUCUGGUUGCCAUUUACUUCUGCUGGCCAUCAGACACAUACUUUUUCAAGGGCUGAACCAGUAAUCUCACCAGCUGCUAACUGACGUUAUAUUUGUUUGCCUGAGGCAUUGAUCUGCUGAAGUAGGUAUUAUAUGGAAAAAGAAGUUUUGAUUCUAUUUCUUGGGCAGAAAAAGUAUAUUGUGAACAGACUGGAAGUUAGGCUGAUUUGAAGUGGGACCGAAUUAAAGUCUGGUACAAGCAUUUAGUAUUUAUGUACAGCCGCAAACCUGUUUUUGUUUACUGGUCAGUUACUCAUCUGGCAUUAUCCCUUUGCUACAUUAUCUGUGAAUUAUUUAGCCACUAACAUGUCUAGAGUUUGGAACUAGUUAAUGAGGAAUAUUAAUGUUAACUAAUGCAUAACAAUGAUGCCAUAAGUAAUUCGCCAAAUAAUAGAUUAAAGAAAGACUGCCGUUUGCUAAUUGUUUUGAUUUCCCCCACUUCAUAAUUUUCAGAUUUAUUCAUUGUGUACAGCAUUUUUCUUUUUGCAAAUCUUCCCACCACCUAUUGAGCAUGCUAUGUGGCUCCAAAAUGGUGUUACUGCAUCGUAAUGAACAUGCUCCAAAUUUAAGGUGUUUACAAACUACCAUAGAAAGCAGUUUUAAACUCUACAUAUUAAAAUUAACAGUACAUUACCAUUACCAAUAGAAACCACAUAUAUUGUUCUUAAAACGGUUUCGAUACAGAACACUAUUUUUAAAUUAUACAGAUAGUAUAAUUUUAUUUUUUAAUAAGUAAAAGUUAGAGUGUUUUUGUAAUAGGCUGUUGUACAAUGUGUUCUGACUUUUGGCACAUUUCAAUAAGGACUUUACAUUGUGCGUGGUCUAUGAGUUGUACAAUAAUCUAUUGCCACUAUACUGUGAACAUUAUUGUCCCUUCAGAAAGAACACUGCAGUAAGUAAAACGCUUCCCUAAAAUUCAGGUUACAUCGGAAAAGUUUGUUUUUAAAUUGAAGAAUGUAUGUAUCUGUAAAUAUGUAGUAAAUUGGAAUUGCUGAGCUGCUGGCCUAGUUCCUGACUCUUUUUAUACUGAAUUUAGGUUCUGUCAACUAAAAACAAGAACUUAGUGCCAUUAUUAGCACCAGUGAGCAUGCCUAUGACUUUUUAGCUUUCUAUGUAUCACUAUUACUACACUGUAGUAUAAUGUAACAAGUCUUAAAUGUGUUAUACAGACAAGAAAAUACAUCUGAAAGCUAUGCUUGCUUCCCUUCCUUACAGUGCUGACUGACUGGGCAGUAAAACAAUUCCUUGUAUAUACUGCAUUUCACAUAAGAACUACUUCUGGUAUAAAACUUAUGGUGAAAUGAUAUUAAAUCUUGCCAAUAACCUGGUUUGUUAUUUCAUGCGACAUUGUGCAACUCAUCACUUACGUUUAGUUGUCAUUUCUUUUGCCAAAAUUAUCUAUAUUGGUAAGAGGGAAGACUAGUUAAGUGUUUUCACACCUUUAACUUCACUGUUACUUUGGCACAGUUUGAAUUUUCCCUCCCACCUGAUUCCAUGUGAUUGGUUUGUUUGUUUCCUUGGUUAUAAUUUUAAUACUAGAAAUUCAUACCCAGUAAAGUGUUGCCUGUACUCUAAGAAAUUCUAACUUAUUAAAAGAAUGUAAGCAGAACCAAGUGCUGAGAACGGAGCAUUUUUCAACUUGCUCUUAAGCAAUGGUACAGUGAUAUUUUUUUUAAGCAGCUGCUUGGAUAAUUUUUGCUCAUGGAAACUCUUAUUCAAAAUUUCAGAUUUGUAGUCAACAUUGCUUAGAUCAUAACAGAUCAUAAAUGUUGUCUACUUUGAUAAUUGAGAUCAGGCAGUCUGGUGUGAACCUUACUGAUUGAAGUAUUUUUGUUGGUUAGCUAAGAUCGUGAUUAACUGACUUUGCAUGCAUAUUUUAUUGAACAACAUCAGUGAGUUAUUAUUCCAGAGUUUCUUCUGUUCUUACAUUGUUAAAGAUGACAUUCAAAAAAUCACUUAGGCAACAGUGAUCUAAAGCAGAACUUGCUACUUUAUCACAGACUUAAUGGCUUAUAGCUACUGAUUUUUAAAACUGAGAAUGUUUUAUUUGUGAAUUGGAGUUGGUGACAGUUUAGUCAUUUAAAAUUACAUUUUUAAUGUCAUUUUGGUUUAGAAUCCGUUACAUAAUUCCUCUAAUUUAUUAGUAGCUUCUAUUUUUUAAUAAAUUUAGUGUCUCAUAUUUUUAAAAAAUGGACUAUAUAUGGCUCUGUAAAUGUUAAUUUUUACUUUUGAUGAUGAAAUCCUUAGAACCUGUUGUACAAAGUUAGCUACAUGAUCUGCAAAAUACCUCGAUCAGUGUUGCUAUGACCAGCUUCUAGGUAUUCAUGAGAGUGUGCCCAAGGAUUCUACUCCUAUUUAGCUGUAUUUUCCCUUCCCAAGCUAGAGAUACGUGGUUCCCACUUAAGACUCCCUGGUUAUACCGCGCAGAUUGGAAAUUGGCAAUAACCUCCCAUUGCAUCAUGCAACAUGUUGAAAUUCAGCACCUUGAGCCAUCACACAAUAAUUAGCACACUGAGAGCAACAAGAGUAAAGAUUCCAUUUUCUCUAUCAUUUAUCUCUGCAUAGGGAACAAAAAUUCAAAACUUAAAUAGUGAGCAAAAAUUGGUGGAAAAUGAACACUAUUCAGUGAAAUUCAUUAUGUGCAAUGAGUGAGAAUGUUUUGGAUUCCGCGAGUGCUAUUAGAAAAGAGUGAAUGUCAGCAAUGAUGAAUGCUGCACCCUUUAAAUGAGAUUCUGAUUGCUGCUCUGUGUAAUUGAAAACCAAUUCUAAAUCUUAAUUGCUGAACAAUUUAUACAUUUGGCACUCAUUUUAUAUAUAAGAUGCCACAUGAGUGAGGGGAAAGAGGGUAUCUAGUUAUAGUUCAAAUGUGUCCCAACAACCUUACGGUAUUUAUUGGGUAAUUCUGAGCAUGUAGGUCACCUCCAUCUUAUGUAAUGUAUGUAUUAAAAAUUGUUCUAAGUACCAUUUUAGUAUGAAAUACAAAAGAAAGAAAAUAUUAAUCCCUACUGCUCUUUCUGACAGUCUUGUGUGUUCUAACUUUGCUUUCAUUUAGUGACUGUUCCUGACUGCUCAGUAGGCACCUUGACCACUUGUGCCAUUAGCCUGAAUAUGCAACUCAACCACAGGAAAUUGACUGAAAAGUAUGUUUUGUAGUUACGGUACUCGCCAUAUUUGACGUUAAGGCUGUGGAAAACCAUUUUUCUACACCUAGGUGACAUUUGAAAGAGUUGAAAAUGGAGGAGAUGCCAAGAAUUUAUUUAAGACCAUAUGAAAAUAUUUAUUUCUUCCUGAAUGAAAGAAAUGUACUGUCAGUCACUGCAUAUAGUGAGAUGAGUAGUGAUACAAGGUGCUCCCUAGUUUUACUUUGGAACUUAGACUUGUUAGAAUGUUGUGGUUUGGUGGUUAAUGAUUUGCAUCAACAUGUAACACUGAGUUAAGUAGAUUUGCAAAGAAAAAUAAGCUUUUUCCAGUACACACACAAGUUAGUGAGAGUCUAAUCUGUAAUCCAGUUGGAGUUCUCUUUGGCAGGUGAAAACAUUAAUUAUCUGCCUUUGUUUUUGUUUCAUUUUUAAUUAGUUUGCACAAAGCAUGGUCUGACUGCUAAAGUGCAAUUUUAAAUUCAAGCAUAAUUCUUCAAUUUGCUAAUCCAAACCAACUGUUCAGGUGGCUGCUACAUGGGGAAAACAGGUAAAAAGACUGAAUUCUUUCUGGUUAACUCUCCUCCAUUAACUAUGUAGAUGCAUCUCGUAAGGGAAAAAUGCACUUCAUUAGAUUAUUCCACCCUCAUGUAGGAAUCCUGCAAAAUAAUAAAGCACAUUUUAGGAGAAGGCAGGAUGAUAUCUAAUGUAGAAUCCUAUGAAGUCAUUGAGUACAGAGAGAAGCGUUUACCAUUGAAGUCAAAUUACUAUGUACAUUUGUUUCAAGAAAAAUAUUAAUCAAAAUGUCUACAGUAUUGCAUUGUAUAAUUAACUUUGGCAUUUUUUGAUGAGACAAUAUAGUUGCCAAUUAAUGCUAUAAUGUGAAGUAGCAUAGUAACAGUACAGUUUACAACGUGACUUCACCAUCUAUUUGCAGUAAUAUAAAGACAACUGCAGUUGCUGGAAAUCUGAAACAAAAACAGUGUGCGCUGGAGAAACACAGGUCUGGCAGCAUCUGUAGAGAGAAAAGCAGUUAAUGUUUCAAGUCCAGUGAAUCUCUGGUUGAGGGGUGGGAGUGAGGAGAGUGUGUGUGUGUUGGGUAAAAGUUGAAUGCAUGGUGAUGGUGCCUAGAGAGACAGAGGACAUCUGCAAGGUUUUUUCAACUGUCUGAAGGGCAUUCAGCUCUACUGGUCACAAUCAAACUCAUUUACAGUUGAAGGUCUGGGAUUUUCUUUAUGAACCACAUUGAAGGAUGAUGAAUAAUGUAAUCAAAAUUUCAGUUUUAUGAAUAACAGUAUUUUGAAUGUUUUGAAUCUCCAUAUGGUAGAACUGAUGCUAAACUUUCUUAUGAUAAAUUGCCAAACAGUUUAUAAAUCCCAUCAAUUAUGUAAGGUCUGGUUAGGAAAUAUGGGGUUCCACAAGCUGCGACUCUUCUCUGCUUAGCAUCCUCUCAAGGUCGCAUUGCUUGCUUGGAGUAUGUGACUUCUUUUGACCCUGGUUUUGCAGAGAGAGAGAGAGAGAAGGUGCUGCCCUGAUGUCUCCAUCUUGUAGUUUUGUGCCUCUUUGUUUCUUCUCUCUUCUGUCUUUUGGCAUCACGGCUGUGUACUCUAUUCCCCCCGCCCCGAUUCCACCUUUAGGAGUAAAUUACUGCACAUGCUGGAAACUGUACUGAAAACAACAAAUCCCGGAGAUCACAGCAGGUCAGGCAGCAUCAAUGGAGAGAAAGCAAGCUAAUAUUUCAAGUCUAGAUGAAUCUUCUUUAGUGCUUUGAUGAACACUCAUCUGGAUUUAAUGUGAACAUACAUUCUCUCCAUAGAUGCUGCCUGACCUGCUGUGAUGUCCAGCAUUCUUUAUUUUCAGUACAGAUUCCACCUUUCCCCAGCUAUCUUCAGUUCUGAAGAGUCACUGGAGUCGAAAUAUUAACUCUAUUUUAUAUCAUUAGAUGCUGCCAGACCUGCUGUGUUUCUGUAUCAUCAUUCUGCAUUGUUUGAGAUUAGUUGUGUUGAUUUUCAUUGAAAUUCUUGGGUGGAAGCAUUAUAUCGCUCCCUACAUAGCUAUUGAACGUAAAAACAAAUUGCAUCAAGGUUGAGAAUGAUUUGUAGAUCAGUGUUGUCUAAUUGAAAUCACUAGUGGCAGUGAAACCAGUUCAGCCAAAUGCCCUGAUUAGUAGAAAAUGCCUGCCAUGUACCUAUAAGUGCAGAUUAUGAAAAGUUAAAUAUCCCACGUAGUGCAAAUGAACAUUGGGAUGAUAUGCUCAGUAUGUAUUACUUUUAAUUUCUAAUCAAAAACCAAAUAGUCACAAAGGGAUUCUCAUUUAGCCAUAUGUGGCUUAGUACUUGACAAUAUGGCUAAGGAUAAGUUGCAUUUAAGAUGAGGGCAUCAUGAAGUUGAGCAGUCAAAAAUGAUAUGGGAAGUGAAGUGGGAAGUGAACAAACAAAAAUGAGCUUCUAUAUAUAAUCAUUGCCCAGCAGCAAAUGUCACACAUUAAUUUGUUGUUUAAUCCAGGGAUGUUGCACAGCUUUCUCUCCAAAUAAGCUUUUGCUUAAACUCUGGAAUGCUCUUUAUCUAGAUUCACUGUUAGAACAAUGAUUGGACAUUGCUGCCGAACAGUCAGGACUGGCAGAAAGGGAGCUCACAAAGAUCAACCUAGCGCUAAAAUCUGUGGAAUAUUCAACAGUAGGUUAUUAUGGUAUCGUAGUAAUCUGUUAACGUGUAGUACUGAGCUUACCUAUCAUUGAGCUAGGGAAUGACUACAUACUGUUUGGUAAGGUAAUCUAAUGUUCUUAGUUAUAAAAAAAUCCCUUUUCUCUUGCUGUAGUUGUCGCUGGCUCUGAACAAACAAAAAUCACAACUCUUACUGGGGAUUCUGAUAAAUUAAUGCAGUUCCAUUUUUAAAAGUAUAAUAGUGCAUAUAAUGAAAGUUGGCCUAAUGACUUGACAUCUUGUAAAUGCAUAAUUUUAUUAACAAUUUCUUUGCAUUAGGAUAUUUAUAUGGUGUAAACGGUUAAAGAAAACCACUAAACCCGCACAGUACUUGAAGAGAGGGUAUUUGUACUAAAAUACAGAUGUUCAUUACUAACUACGCUAUCAGAAUCCCUUUUGUUUUAGUAUGCAACAAAAAAUAGUUUAAUGUGCAUUAGUAAUGAAUGAGGGACUGUGAGAAAUGUUAAUAUUGUACAUUUUAAAUAGCUUGCAGGAAUUGUGACAAAAACUUGAGAUUUCUAACAUAAACAUUAAAAAUGUUUUAACACUAAUCCCAUGGGGUGAAAACAACACAUCAUGAAUGUAUAACCUAAUCUAACCUAGAGCAACUGGCUGGUUUUAACAAAUCAGACAGCGUGUUUGAGCUUAUUCAACUUUAUCUCUUUACAUUUCUAUUCUAUUUUGGAGUUCUUAUGUUCUCGGCAUAAUUCUGAUUUUAUUUGCACAUAUAUGGUAGAAGAAUCUGAAUUAUAAAUUUUAACAACCAAAUUUACUUUAAUCAUUUUUUUUAGAAAUAUGUUAUUCCAGUCGUUGAUAGCCGGUUACCAAUAAGUUCCUUCAUUUACUGGUAUUCUUUUAAAAAUUGUACAGUAAAAAUGUCAGUAUUCUGGUAACUUCUGGUUCAACAUACAUUAGCUCAUAUAACCUGUAUUAAUUGUAUAGAUUGUGAAGUUAAGCUGUUACCAAGUGUCAGAGAAAGAGAAUAGGGUCAUAUGUAAUAUUUUGUUUGUAAUUAUCCUUUGUAUUGUUACAAAGGAGAUGUUAAAAUCAACUGUAAUAAAAUAAUUUUAGUACA